AUGACUCGCGACGGUGAAGACGACAGCCGUGCCCCGCUGCAAGUCGCCAUCAUUGGCGGCGGCAUGACGGGCCUGGCGCUGGCUCUUGGCCUGCUCAACCGCGACGUCGACUUCACGGUCUAUGAACGCGCAGCCACGUUUGGCGAGCUCGGCGUGGGCAUCCACUUCACGCCUAACGCGGAGCGGGCCAUGGCAGCGCUGGAUCCGCGCGUACUCCAGAGCUACGUCGACGUGGCGACGCCCGCGCAGGGUGGCGUCCUGAAUUUCGUCGACGGCUACCGCGAGCGGGGGGAGGAUCCCAAGCUCUCGGAGGAGGAGCUGCUGUUCCAGCUGCACGUGGGCAAGGGAUACAAGGCCUGUCGGAGGUGCGAUUUUAUCGAGCAGAUUGUGAAGCAUGUCCCCGCGGAACGGAUCCAGUAUGGCAAAUGCUUGCUGUCCCUGGACGUCCGGGAUACGGGUCGGGUGGCGCUCGCCUUUCGCGACGGAACCACUGCCGAGGCGGAUGUCGUCGUUGGCUGCGAUGGCAUUCGAUCGCGAGUCCGGGAGGCCAUCUUCCCCGCGGGACCCUCGAGCCCGCAGGCGCAGUACUCGCACCAGCUCUGUUUCCGCAGCCUGGUGUGCAUGAACCAAGCCGUCAAGCUUCUUGGCCCCGACAAGGCGUGCAAGGCCACAGGCCACCUCGGCCCUGGCGCCUUCCUGCUUACCAUCCCGCUUGCGGGGAUCCACGCCAUGCAUGUCGAGGCCUUUGUCAUGGAUCCCCAGCAAUGGCCCGGCGAAACCACCGACGCGGCGAGUUUCGUCCUGCCGGCCGACCGGGACGAGGCCAAGCGCGCCUUUGCCGCGUUUGGUCCCACAGUCCAGUCGUUCCUGUCUCUGCUGCCCGACAAGGUGGACAAGUGGGCUGUGUUCGACAUGCUAGACACGCCGGCACCGUCGUACGCUCAUGGCCCGCUGUGUCUGGCCGGCGAUGCGGCGCACGCCUCGUCGCCCAACCAGGGGGGUGGGGCCGGCGCCGGCAUGGAGGACGCCCUCGUCCUGGCAGAGGCGUUGGCUGUUUUGGCAGACCGUCCUCGGCGGAGCGUCGAUGCGGUGGCGGACGCGCUGGGCGUGUACAGCGAGAUGCGCUAUGAGCGCACGCAGUGGCUCGUCCGGAGCAGCAGGAGGGUGGCGCAGAUUUUCACCUGCAAGGACGUGGACAGAGACGGCAUUUACUGCGAGGUGCAGGAGCGGAGUCACAAGCUGUGGAAUUACGACACGGACCGCAUGAUUAGAGACACAUUGUCGAGAUUGGAGUCCAGGCUUGGCAAAGCAUGA